AAUAGAGUGAGGGAGGGGAAGUAUAUUUACCGAUCCUGGAGAGGAGAGGAGUCUGCGGAGGAGGAGAGCGUCAAAUGUCCAGCAUUCUCGGCCAGGAGAGAGAGAGAGGCUCAGGGAAGCACCCGCAAGGGUACGAUGCUCAGAUCUGGAGGCGCAGCGUGCACAGUUUGAAUGGGGCAAGAGCCCUGGUUCUUAUAGGGCAAAACGUGCCCUGAAGCUGUGGGAGUCCCUUCAGCCAGCAGAACAAAGGUCAGUCUCUGGGAAUUACAAAGGUUUGAUUACCUUGAUUACUUGCUGCUGGGGUGUGUAAAAGGAAAUGCAAAGUCUCUCCUGGUACUACACAAAAGGGGCAGUUUGCUAAUUAAUCUACUGGAGCUGAGUUGAUGAAUUUAGAUAUGUUCCCAGAGAGAAAUUAACUUAUUGAUGCUGAUUGAUUGCUCACAAGUUUGGGGUGGGGAAAUGUAAUUACGGGAAGAGGACAUUGGAAUGUGCUAGUGGGGUAACACAGUGAAGACCGCUAUUGUCAUGGUCUCAAGCCAGUUGCUGGGAAGAUAGUAAAUCCAGUCACCCUCGUCCUUUGCAUUUACAUGCACAUUCCAGGCAUACCUGAAUCUCUCGGGCUAAAUCCAGCGAUAUUCUGCCUAGCCAGCUUGGCAUUUCCCUUGAUGCAGACCAAGCUGCAUUAAUCCAGGGGCCCUGUGACUUUUUAUAUCAUAGGCCUGCAUUAAAGGUGUAUCAAAUAUGGCGAAGGCCAGGGCUGACCGCUUACAAUUCCUUGUAUUGCAGGCUCACAACAAACAUAGACAAGAACCUAACCAGAGCAGAUCAUUCAAACACUGUUUUUAUCAGGAGCCAAGCUGCUGAAAGGAGACAGCAGCGACCAUGCCGUCGGUUGAGCCUCUGCAGUACGAAGAUCUUGACAACUUCACGUACUACUUUGAGAGUUAUGAAGAAGAGGAGCAGCCUCAGUCCUCUCUCAGCAAUGCGCAGAUUGUUUCUCUCGUGCUGCACAGUUUAGCUUUCCUCCUAGGAGUGCCUGGCAAUGCCAUCGUCAUCUGGAUCAUGGGCUUUAAGUGGGAUAAGACAGUCACUUCCCUCUGGUUCCUCAACCUUGCCAUUGCAGACUUCAUCUUUGUCCUUUUCCUGCCUCUCUACAUCACCUAUGUGGGAAUGGGCUUCCACUGGCCCUUUGGGAAAUGGCUGUGCAAAGCCAACUCUUUCAUAGCUUUGUUCAACAUGUUUGCUAGUGUCUUCUUCUUAACAGCCAUCAGCCUUGACCGCUACAUGCAUCUCAUCCAUCCUGUCUCCUCCUACAAAUAUCGGACGGUCAGAAACACUUGUUUUUGGGUGGCAGCCAUUUGGAUUUUGGCUACAAUGAUUGGAAGCCCGUCGUUGUAUUUUAGAGAUACGCUCACCCUGCACAACAAUUUUACCAUCUGCUACAACAACUUUCAUCCCCACGACUUCAGACUCAUUGUCCUCAUCCACCAUAUUCUCACCUGGGUGAGGUUCUUCCUUGGUUAUCUCUUCCCACUCCUAACCAUGAUCGUUUGCUACUCCCUUUUAUUCAUCAAGGUGAAGAGGAGUGCCAUCCUGAUCUCCAACAGGCUCUUUUGGACUGUCCUUGCCGUUGUGGUUGCCUUCUUUGUUUGCUGGACCCCGUACCAUAUCUUUAGCAUUCUCGAGCUGACGGUUCACCAUAAUGAUUACUUCCACAACUUGCUUCGGGAUGCCAUUCCUCUGACUGUGAGCUUUGCUUUCAUCAAUAGCUGCCUUAACCCGAUCCUUUACGUCCUUCUCAGCAAGAAGCUCCAGUCCUGCUUUCAGGUGACGCUUUCGGAAUUAGUGAAAUACACGCUGUGGGAGGUCAGCCGGUCAGGGACGGCCAGCGAACAAGUCUGGAACUCCAUGAGUCUACAGCAGCACGAAACCCCCGGGGCGAAAAGUCCUCCCUGUGAAAUCACUCAGUGACUUGGCUACCAUGCUUUUCUUUGUGAAAGGAUGGUUUAUUAAAUAUCAGGAGGUAUUUGUAACUAAAGAAUACUAAAUGAAUGUAACCAAAGGCUUGGAGGAUCAAGGAUGUCCAGUUGAAUUUUGCAGCUUAUUUCAGCUGGGUUUUUAAAAAAAUUGAUCAGCACAGAGGGGCAAGUGAUAAUUCGUACCUCCCCAUACCCUGAAAAGCUUCAUUUCCUGAUUUCUGUAGACCAAGCUGCUCCUAAAAACACAGGAAUAGGACAGGCCCCUUAGUUUGGGGUCAGCUGGCCAUCCUAAGAGGCAAACUCUAUCUCAAGCUGCUGGCUAAACAAGGGUUACGGUGGUGUAAGGUUUGGGAGGAUAUUUCAUUUCCAUGCUGUGGUCUUAUGUUCAAAAUCAAAACGUUGCCCUUGGCAGCUCCAAAUGAAGAUUGUAGUUCCUUAUUGGUCCUAUGUAAUAAUUGCAGAAGUUUCACAUAACACAAGAUAUUACUGCUCUUUUCUAGUUUACUUAAAGCAUACAAUAUUGCAAAGUAAUCAUGGACAAUAAGAGAUCUGACACUGUUUUUGCUUUGUAUCACAUGGGCAUAUAAUACUGUGUAUAUUUAAUGCAUAAGGGUUUGAUUUCACUGCUGGGGCAUGUGGGGGAAUCAUGUAUACUUUUCUGAGCUCCUUGGAGGAACAGCAGAAUUUUGAAAAUGAAAUAUAAUAAUACACGGAAGCUAGUCCAACAAAGAAGCAAUUUUUAAUUGAACUGACAUUUUUAUACAUACGUACCAAAUUGUGCAAAUGUAUGCACACAAUUGCAAAGUACCAUGGGGCAGUGUUUUGAGACAGAUUCUUUGCAUAGGUGAACUGAAAAAAACAUACAGAAAUGCUGUUCUAUAACACACAACAUGCAAGAAAAGGACAUGCCAUCUAGUCGCAACUGACUCGUGGCAACCUUAUUCACAGGGCGUUGGAGGCAAGCGAUGAGCAGAGGUGGUUUGCCAUUGCCUUCCUCUGACAAGAAGUAAAGGAGUGUGUUAAUUAAGAAAAACGAAGGAGUGGAUAUGAAGGAUCAAAGCUCCUUACCGAGGCAGGUGUUUUUUUAUAGAACCGUCUUCGGCACCACCGUCACACCUUUCUAAGUCCAUGGGAGCCAGGAGCUGUCGUAAUGAGAAAAUGGAGAAGUAGCUCCCCUCUGGGGAGAAAAUUGAGGUAUAAGUGAGGCAAAUAAAUAAAUGCCUUUUGUUUUUGGUUGAAAGGACAAUGAUCCGGUCAGACAGACUUCUCCAUUUGUUUGACCUAGGCAGAAAAACUUACCCAUCCUCCACAGCAGUCUGGGUUCUGCUGCUCCAGGAAUGCAGAUUGUGUCUGAGAGGUAGCAUCCUUUAGGAGGGCCAAAGAUGGCUGGCAGCAGGUUUGUCAAAUAGGUCUCAGGGCCCCACUGGUCUCCCCAGCGACCACAGAUCAAGAUGGGCAGCCAUGUUAGUCUGUCGAUAGCAGUAGAAAAGAGCAGGAGUCCAGUAGCACCUAUAAGACUAAAGAAAUUUGUGGUAGGGUAUGAGCUUUUGUGAGCCACAGCUGUGGCUCAUGAAAGCUCAUGCCC